AUGGCUGAGUCAGUGGUUAGAGCUUUAUAUGGUAAAGCAACGUCUUUAAAUUUGAGUUCAAAGAAAAUGAAAGACGUCCCAACGUGUAUUUCCACAAUAACAAACCUGUCAGUUCUCCUGCUGAAAAACAACGCCAUCACCACUCUGCCCGCCGAGCUUCUCUCUCUACGACACCUGGCGGAGCUGAAUUUGGGAAAUAAUAGCUUGAAGGAGGUUCCCGCUGUUUUGGGCCAUCUGGAGUCCUUGAAGAAACUGUACCUGUUCAGAAACCAAAUUACAGUGGUGCCACCUGAGGUGAUAGGUGCCUUACAAAACCUUAUUGUGCUCAACCUGAACCACAACCAGAUUCGUAGACUUCCACCAGAGAUUAAAAGGUUGAGUAAUCUUCAACAUCUCAGUGUGCUGGAUAAUAAGCUGGAGGAGGUCCCUGCAGAGCUUGGUCAUCUCACUAAGUUGUCUGAGAUAAACCUGACAUCCAACAAGCUGUCUUGGCUACCUCAGCAGCUGUGCCAGUGUAAAGACCUAACCAGGCUCCAUGUAGCCAGAAACCAGCUGACCAGCCUACCAGAGGGAAUUAAGGCACUGGUGAAACUCCAGGUCAUGGAUGUGGCAGGGAACAAGUUGACCAUAUUCCCUAUUGAGUUUCACCUGCUGCCCUUGAAGGAGCUCCAUUGUGAAGGCAACAGGUUUUUGCAUUGUGAGCCACUGCCAUCAGUACAGGAUGUGGAGGUGCUUACAUUGAAGGUAACUGUCAUGGAGGAACUGGUUGCAAGAUUUGCCUUGUUGGAGGACCGGAACAGAUCCUCUCUGGUCCACAGGAAUCUUCCCCACUACCCAUGUCUGACUGCCCUGUUGGCCAAUAGCAGCUGUUGUGCGCUCUGUUUAGGCCCUUUCCUCACCACCUGGCUGGAGUGUGUGCAUUUUAUCAGUCUGAAGAAGGUUCGGUGAAUGACAUGAAAAUGAGAAGUUCACUGACUAUUCCAGUGCGCGCCCUUCUUUGUUCAUACAAGUGCUUUAAUACA